AUGCAGGAGCUGUCCAUUGCAAUUGACCACAGGAGUGGUGAUAAUAUACCAUUUUGUGGGCAUCCGAGAGUGGAUUUAAUCACCCUAUUUCUUAAAACAUUGCUUAUCCAUUUAAAUUCUUAUCAAAAUGAUAUGUUGCUGCCGGAUGAGACAUAUGAGGACUACGAAGAGAAAUUAAAUUUUCGACGCAUUUUUACAAAAGACAUAAAAGACAGUAAAGCUAAUCUCAAACUGCUAGCAAAUCGAGCCAAUUUUAUCACAUCACCCGAUGUAGUUACACAAGGCGGCGGAUUAACGCAACGGGAUCAUGACGUGAAUUCAGUCAGCUUUACGAGCGGCAGUUACGAAUACAAUACUGACUUCUUCAAUAAUAUACCAGACUUCAUGGGAGAAACGUUUCCGCCAUGCACUUUCGAACAUCAGUGUUCCGAUGGCCGAAGCGAUACUGCUACGAGCAGAAGCAACAGCGACAUCGAUUCGAACGCCACUUCAGAAGUGUUGCGUAUAUGUAAGGAUUUUCUCUGGCGACACCGCAUGCGACCUGAUUUCUUCUGUCAGUAUCAUAAGGCAAUUAGCGCUACAUCGAAGCAAACCAAAUCGAAAGAUUCCAAAACAAAAGAACGAACUGCAAGUACAACAACAACUGUUGACUCGGCUAUUGCAUCACAACAGGUACCAACUCCAACACCACUAGUAGCCACAUUGACAACUCCACUACCAGGUCUGGUACCGCAACUGGAUAAAGUUGAACGGUUUGCCAAACUUUCUGCAAUUUACACGCUGCCACUGGCGAAACGUAAAAAAUUAUGUAACAACUUAGCGACUACAGCCGUUUCAGGUGAGUUGCCACCAGCGUUAACGGCCUUUUGGACUAAAAUUAUUUUAAUUGUUGCUACGUGUAAAUAG